AUGCUCGGCCGGCCCGUCAGCCUCGCCGCCUGCGCAGCUCCCCUCACAUCCGCCAAUAACGCUCCCGCCAUUGCCGUCCGCUGCGCCGCUAAAGACGGGAAGGCGGCCGCAGAGCCCAAAAGCGCCUCCCACGGCCACACUGGGCCGCGCGUCGUCAAUCGGCGGCUGAUCCUCGGAGGACUGGCGGCGGGAAUGGCUGCGGUCGUGGGUUGUCCCAUCUGUGACUCUAACGGGGGAUCCUCUAUCGGAGCCGCAUUGGCCGCCGAUUCGAGCAAGGACGUUUCCGGGCCGAUGGAGUGGGGCGAGCUGUGCUCGGCGGGCGACGCGGCGCAGUCCGCAACCGGCGGUCCGCUGAACGCGGUGUCAAAGCUGACGAGAGACAACAGCCUUGGCAAUAUCACAUUCGCGUAUAAGAACGCCGACGCGUCGUUCUUGAACACGGGGCACGGCACAAUGCAGGUGAACUUCCCGGGUGGCAGCAACACGUGCGCGGUGGGCGGGCGGCAGCUGCAGCUGCUACAGUACCACUUCCACGCGCCCAGCGAGCACUCGUUCAACGGCGUGCGCUGCCCCAUGGAGGCGCACCUCGUGCACCGCGAUGCUGACGGCAAGCUGGCAGUCAUUGGAGUGAUGAUAGAGGCGGACCCGCGGGCCCCACGCAACCUGUGCCUGGAGGCGGCUCUGGCGUUUGCGCCGGGGGAGAAGAACAAGCAGAUUGCCUCCCCUCAGGAGUGUUUGGAGGUGGCGGUGGUGGGCAGGGGGGGUGCCCGCUCCGCGCUGCAGCAGUGCCUGCGCGUGCAGACCAGCCCGCAGCCGCUGCUGCCAGCCCUUGAUAGACCCGACGCCUCACACGCGUACAUCCACUACCAGGGCUCCCUGGCCGACCCUGCCUGCUCGGACGUGGUCGACUGGUUUGUGCUCGCUACCCCUCUCAAGGUGCCCGACAGCCAGGUGUUGGAGUUUCUGAGCUUCGUGGGCGACCGCCGCACCCUCGCCUUCAACUCCCGCCCUCGCCAGGACCUGGGCCCGCGCCGACUCGCUGUGGGGCCCGCCUAA